UUUGAGCGCCAUGGACGCGCUGGAACACCCGAAUGAGCGUCCCCGAGGCUGGUAUCUGGCCCUAAUGGCACCCAACAGCAAGGGACCGUCGUUUGCCUGGCUGGACCCGUCCAGACUGUACUGCAACUCGCAGGCCCUGGCAGACUGUGUCAAAGAUAUUCUCAGCCCCUUUUGGAACGACACCAUCGACCUGGUGGCCGGGAUAGACGCCAUGGGAUUCAUUCUAGGUGCAUCUGUCGCCACCACGCUGGGCAAAGGCUUCCUUGCGGUGCGUAAAGCUGGACAUCUUUGCGUGAGCAGCCAACAGCAAACUUACACCGACUACACUGGCAGGGAGAAGACCAUGGAGGUACGAGAGGAUGUGCUUAAACCUGGUGUGAGGGUUUUGUUAGUGGACCAGUGGAUCGAGACCGGAGGAACCAUGAAGGCUGCCAUUCAGUUGCUGGAGAGGAUGGGAGCCAUCAUUGUCGGUGUUGCCGCUGUGGCUAUGGAGAAUACGGAAGGAGGCAAGUGGAUUCAAGACAAUUACAAAUGCUCGCACUGCAUCCCUGCGGAGCUCCAGAAACAAAUCGAUCAAAAAUGUUUGGACUCCUUCAAAAGCUUCAAGAAAUCAUGAGUGUGGUCACAAUGACUUUGACUGCAUGUUCCAUAACAUUCCUUUCAUAAAAAUAUUUUAUUGCAGACUAUUGCAACAUCACCGAUGUAACACGACAAAACAUUUCCGAACGUUUUUAACACUUAACGGCAACAAAAGUGUACAUAAAGUUAUAGUUACUAAAUAAAGUUUGUGUUGAAGGUUUGAAGUUUUAUUAUAUGUUAUUGACAGAAAAUGAGAAAAAAAGGCAAAUAAAUAGUGCUUUUUCUCCC